CCGGGUGAGGCGGCCUGGGUGGGCGGGAGUCUUGUCCUAGGAGGAGGAACGCGCGCGAGAGGCAGUCAGUGGCAGUACAGCUGUGGUGGCGCGAGGUGGAUAAGGAAACGACUAACUUGAUAAUCUUCGUCCUCGCCGGAGCAGAUGAAGCACUAAGAGGCCUCAAAACGAACAAUCACACGCACCACGAACUCCGGGAACAAAAGUGAACAAAGUGAAGGCCCGAACUCAUUGAUGAAAGUAUAACGUAUGGAGGACUGGCAGAGGCUGGAGUGUGGUCCGUUCCUGGCCUUCCGAAGCAGCUAGAGGCCAGUGACACGCCCCCUAGCGCCCUACAGCCCAAGACUCAAGGGCGGAGGCGCAUCACAGUCAACCUUUGGAGCAGAAGGAGGUGGAGACGUCAAGAUGGGAAGUCCUCCGGUGGUGAUUCUUCUGACUCUACUUGUCCUGGCGCCUGAAGGUCUGACCAAGGACUACUACGAGGACAGCUUCUACUACGAGUAUGACGAGGACGAGCCCCCAAGCUUCCAGGCCCGCCCCCAGACCUUCACGGUGGAGGUGGGCCAGUCCGUCAUCAUUCCCUGCGACGUGGAUAACCUUGGCAGCAACAAGCUGAUCAUCAAGAAGUUUGCGGCGCAUGGAGGUAAAGAGAGGCUGCUAGCUGUGGGCGACGAGAAGGUGACGAGAGACCGAAGAAUUACCAUCGAGAGGGCGCGGCUUGUCAUCUCCCACGCCAGGCCACGCGAUGCAGGCACCUUCCUCUGCUUCUUCGACAUCGACCCGCCCGUGCAGCUCAAGCACACCCUGGACGUGCAGUUCGCCCCCUCCAUCAGGUCCCUCGCGCCGCCAGAGCAACACGUUCCGAAAGGAUCCACCGUCACCCUGGAAUGCCGCGCGCAAGGAAACCCGGAGCCCAUUAUUCGCUGGUCGCGGCAGGAGGGGCCGCUGCCUUCAGGCCUCCGCAGCGAACAGGGCCACAGCCUGACCCUGGAGGGCGUGGACAGACAUGUGGAGGGCACGUACCUCUGCACGGCGGACAACGGCAUCGGUGAAUCUGCUUCUGCGGCGAUGACCAUCACAGUGGAGUACCCCCCGGAGAUCACCACGGAGAAGGCUGUGGUGCGGACUGGUGAGGGGGACCACGUGGAGCUGGUGUGUCUGGUGCACGGCCGCCCGGAGCCUGAGGUGACCUGGACGCAGGACGGACACCAGCUCCCGGACACGGACAUGGACACCAAGCUGUACCUGCCAGAGGGGCGCACUGACGACUUCAUGAACCACCUGAGUCAGAUCCACGUGGCUCAUCGUCACACGCUAACCAUCCGCAACGUGACGGAGAAGGACUUCGGGGCCUACAUGUGCAUCGCCGAAAACAGACACGGCCAGAAGGACGCCAUUAUACAGAUGACAGGUCUGCCCAAGCGCCCUGUCAUCACCAGCAGCCCCAUUGGUGGAGAAAGCAACUCCUACACCCUCACCUGGGAGACGGAGAGCUUCUAUCCGAUCACUGAGUUCCUCAUCAAGUAUCGCAAGCCUCACUUGGAUGGCUGGCCGGCUAACCGCUCCAUAGUGAUCGCGGGGUCGUGGGAGACCGUGUCGCUCAAGGUGAGGCCCGUGCAAGUGCGGGAGGGAGCGCGGCACGCCAUGACGCACACACUGAAGCGCCUGGAGGUGGCCACCGACUACCUCACCGUCGUCAGGGUCAGGAACAAGUACGGGUGGUCGGCAGAGUCGGAACACUUCUCCUUUUCUACCAAGAAAGGUGAGCCAGGGGACGUGAACUGGAAAGACUGGUGGAUGAUCGUAAAUCACGCGAUGGCGGUGUUGCAGUCUACGAGCAGCAGCACAGGGGGUCACGAGGCCGCCAGUGUGUCGUUGGUGCUGCUCCUGGUGGCGGUGUUCUCCCUCAUCAUGAUGUAGACCGCGUAGCUUCAAGACAAAACUAGACCAUGCAAAUGGUCGUCGUAGUUUAGCCCCAAACCUCCUGACUGACUCUUGCUGAGUCAGUCAGAAAGCAAGCUUCUGAAAAGUACCAUCAAAUGUUCUGUGAACUAUAACAUUGCAGGAGAAACGCCUGAUUUACAACUUUACAAUAAGUGUGGAAACAAUAUCAGAUGUAUAAAUAACAUAAAGAAACAUUUGAUACAGAGACAUUAUUUGAGGAGAUUAUGAAAACGGUUCAGUAUCUUUAUUGUAUCAAUUUGACGAAAAGCUUUCUCUGUCUCAGUCCACGUAGUGCCUGGCCCGGGAGGCACUGCCAGUCCAUUAUGAUAUAUUCAUGACGCGUAUGUUCAUAUUUUCGAUAAUAUUUUCAUAUAUGUGUAGAAUUACCUCCAAAGUUAGGUGUAGUGAUGAUCUAUAGUGAUAAUACGAUGUAGUGUAAGCAGAACCGUACUCUAGCGAUCAUGAAGAACCAACAUAUGAGGCGGCAGGUGGUAGAGAGACUUCCUGUAGGCAUGUGACUGAAGGGAGAUGCGGACCUGCGCUGCUGUGGCUGAGAAUUUCAUGUUGAACUUAUGCUUCCGGGGAUUUACGACAUAAGUCAAAGGAUUAGAUUUUAGUGGACUGUCCGGAGCACGACAAACACGUAGUCCAGACAGACUCCCCAGCGCUUGCCCCUGAGGCACAGUAGGAGUCAAGAACCACUACAGGACCUCACUGCCGGGGCUGCGAGUCAUUCAAGUGAACGCUUCGGUGUCAGAAGUAGCGUCAAGGGACCGAAGAACAACACCGAAGAACAAAACAGCGUCCCUGUGGCAGUGGAGGAUCACAACGACACCCUCGGAGAUGACAACACCCGAGGCACUGAGUGACACGUGCGAAGCUUAGUGGAAUUGUAAGGAUCCGGUGGUGAUCCAGCGGUUCACUGGCACAUGAGUAGCCCGGUAACACUCCAGACCCACCAGUGGGUGACAGGGUACAGCUGCACUUCACCACCUCAGGGCUCCAGUGACACACAUGCGAUUUAGAAGAACACCAGGGCCUUUGUCGCAUUCCAGGGAUCCAGGAGCACUUCAGGGGCGUUGUAACGUCCUUGCGACCCAGGGACACUGCAGGGCUUUGUGGAGUCCCGGGGACCCAGGAGUAUUUUGACUUGCUUCGUGUGUCUCCUGAGUGAAUGGUAGAUGACAAUACCGACACAUGUCUUGCAGUUCUAUACCGAUAUUGGAGUUACAGCUUUCUUUUGCAGCAAACUGCGGUGUUGAGUGUUUAAUAGAAAUCUGUACAGUAUCUGAUCUGCAGCUGUUGUUGUCAGUCAUUAGCCUUGAGGUGGUCAGUGAGCGAUCUUCUUUACAAAACAAGUUGAGCAAAAGAAUUAUUUUGAGUUGACCAAAAGUUUUAAGAUUCAUGAGGCCUCCAUUUGCCUUCCUGGAAUGUGCUCUUGUGAUGGGCGUCUUGGAGCCUUGUUGUCGCCGCCGCCGCCCCUUGUAGUGCGGCGGACAGGCGUGAGUGUGGCGCCUAUGGCCGCCAUGAUUAGCAGGGAGACUGCCCGGUAAAGCAUUGUGUCUGUCCCGGCAUACCACGAUGAAAGACUUGUGUGUCGGCAGAUAACACUAACAUCUUCCAUUGGUGAUUACAUCUCAUUUAAUCUUCUUGGACAGAGUACAUGUUUGUAAUUUUAUGUAUACAUGUGGAUGUUAGAUUUUUUUUUCUAUUAUGCAUAUGUCAUUCUGCAUGUAUAUGUACAAGAAUGCACAUCCACGACAUAGAUUAAGGUCUGCCUACGAUGCCAAAAUGUUAAACAGUGAACACCACAAUCUUUGAGCUUUGCACUGAAUGAAUUGUACUGUGUGGGUGAUUCAGGAACGACGGCAAACUGUUACUUUUUUCCACUGUAACGUGCACGAAAUCAUCACGAGCAAGAGAUUUUUUUUAUUCUAUGUGACUAUAUGGUGUGUUUUGUAUUUUUUUUUUUUUUUGUCUGACCGUGUAUAUUCAUAUAAGGGAGAAGUAAAGCGGUGAGAAAGUAAUGAGAAAAAAACAGCACUGAGUGUAAUUUUGUAUAGUGUUGAUCAAUGUCAUGCACGUGUUGUGGACGAGUCGAGACAAGACUCAACAAGCAAUCCCUUCCCUCAGCACAGUUCCGAGACGAACUUUUUUUUUUCGGCGCACUUCUUGAACUGAUUGUCACCGCACAAUCUAAAACAAAUACCACCACCCCCAAAAACAGAUAUUACCCUAGCACAGCCCCUCCCGUGUUACAGCAGCGCCACGUCAAGACCAAUUCCUAGGCAGUCCUCACCUUGUAUUCAGUGACCCACGCCACCACCCCUUCCUUGGUCUCCUGCUCCUCGCUAUAUCAAGUUCAACCUAAAGCCACGAAAUGAUCAUGAAAUAUUGUGAAUAGCACUUAACCACUUGUUAGUAACGAUCAUAGCACUGAGCAAAUUGUCAUUUUCAUUAUUAUUAUUAUUAUUAUUAUUAUUAUUAUUAUUAUUAUUAUUAUUAUUAUUAUUAUUACUAUUAUUAUUAUUAUUAUUAUCAUUAUUAUUAUUAUUGUCGGUCUAGUCAUGCAGCCUUUUGUUUCUCACUCAUUUGCAGUCCAAUGAGUGGGUUGUCCGCUACACUGUGUUAUCCGGGGGUUUCGUGUCAAUAAGGCCUUAAUAUGUAAGUGUUUCCGCACCGCCCUCGCUCGCCCUCUGCUCCACGCCUCGAGGCCGCCAGUGGUCGGUCCUUAGUUAGCAGGAGGCGAGGAAGGAGGGGGCGAGGGCUUCCCGCUGACCCACCUUCCGGGAGGCGCUGGGGAGAACAUUUUUUAUAUCUCGCGUGUCCUGAGAACAGCUGACUUUAACGUAAGUGUGAAUGUCUGUGUACUGUAAAUAAAUGUUCUUUCUAAAUCA